GUCUCAAAAUGGCGGGCAAACCGUCGUUCAAGGCUGACUUGUUGGGAAUUACCUCGGAAUGGUUCCUAGAUUAUUGCGUUUAUCAGCUUUGGAAGGAAUUCAAAGAGAAACGCUCAUUUUCUGACUUCUGGAGAAACGCUCUACAGGAUUACUUGUUAAGCGGCCAACACCUUGAAGUACGAAGAGAACUUUCAGAUAAGCUCAAUUGUAUUAGAUUUAUUAUUGGAUUGUGGGAACGUCAAGAAGAUGAUGUUGGUGGAAGUCAGGAAAAUUCCCCCUCCGAUGAUGAUGAACAAACCGACAAAAGGAUGCUGGGACCGGAUUGUCUGAAAUUCUUUGAAAAAGUAACAGGCAUUUUUCCGUUUUCUCACGCGGAGAAGUCUCAUAUGAAAAGCAGUUUAAAGUUACAGGUCAUCUUAUCAUUUUACAGAUGUGGUGACAUUCAAGGUGCUGAAACCUUGUAUUGUAGGUUGUACAGUGAGAGUGGUUUUGAUGAAGAGUAUCAAGAUGACCUCAGGGAAUUGUUUCAAUCUGAAAAUGACACAUUCAAGGAGACAUUUUUGGGAAAACACAAAUAUGAAAAGUUUCUCGACCAAGUUCAGAAGUUUUUUACCCCAGCAUGGAAAAAGUUUGAAAUUCCAGUUUUGGAAGAGGUACCUUUGUUGGAGAAUACAACCAAGGAAAGGCCCAGGAUAGAUGCAAAAACUUUAAAAGCCCUUUACUUUGCUUGGGAUACAUCAGAUGAAGCUGAAGAAAACUGGAAAAGUAUAGUGGAAGGAACCCAUCCUGAUAUUAGCAAUUUGAAAGAAAUAAUGGGCAGAGAGAAGGGUUCUUCCAACAGAAAGACAAAAACAGCACCUUCAAUUUUGCCUCAACAACAGGUUACGGAAAGCAAAGCAGAGGCAAGUAGCAUAUCUGCAGGAAGUAGUGUGUCAGAGAGGAUUCAGCAAUGUCAAGUAGUAAUCAAUAAGUUGAAACAAUCAUCUAAAAAUCUUUUCUCCAGUAGAAGUAAUCUACACAAAAGAGAGAGAAAACCUUUAGAAAAACAGACAAUAAAGAGAAGGUAUAAUGAAAACCAAAGUGAUGCUGAAGAAAUAGAUUGGAGUUCAGAUGAUGACAAUGAAACAGUGUUUAAGCACAAGACAAUUAAACUUCCUACCCUAACUAAACGAUGCCUUGAUGUGAAGCUCCCUGUUGGUCCAGCAAAGAAGUUCUGGAGUGCUGAGGAAACAAGAUGGUUAGAAGAAGGUGUGGAAUUAUAUGGCAUAGGGAACUGGGCAAAGAUACUGAGAAAGUAUAACUUUGCUGGGCGAACGUCAGUUAAUCUUAAGGAUAAGUGGCGUAAUUUACAAAAGAACAAUUGAUAAUGACCAUGUGGACGAUUGAGAGGGAUUAGUUAGAUAUUUCUGUCUAUGAUGAAUAUAGAAAUACUUUUGAAUUUUUGUAUCUCUAAGGCAAUUCCCUGCGAUUAAUAGGUAUUGAUAAAACAAGAGAAUCUAGAUGUUUAUAUUUUAUCAGACUAUUUUGUUAAGUGUUUUAGUAUGCUUAAUUGAGACAUAAAUCUCCAGGCUUCUUCAAAGUCACCAUGGAAUAAAUGUACAUUUGAACUACCCCCAUAUAUUUUUUAUGUAGCAAUUCUUUGAAAUGUCGAUUGAGUUGUUUCCUCUCAUACUUUGAUGAAUGGCUGGUUUUAGUAUCACAUUUGUUUGCUGUUUACGCACUAGUAGAUAAUUCAGAGUAGAACCUCCCUUCUCUGGUCAUGUUUCCGGAGAUUUUGAAUCCAAAAUUUUAAAGUUGGAACAUCAAUGGGAACACUUUUGAAUCUGGAAAGUUUAUUUGUGUAAAUGAGUUGAAGAACAAAUCUGGGUACUUUUCCACCUGCAAUCUUUAGAGUUGGUUAUCCUUUCCCAUGUGAACAGGCUAAGAUCAUGUGGUAACCCAUCCUGUCAUUUACACAAGGUGACAAUUUUUUUUCCUUCUUUGUAUUUGCUUUUGAUGCUCUCUCAUUCUAAACCUUCGUAAUCCUUUUAGGAGGAAUAUGCAUUCAUGAAUCUGAGCAGAAGUUCAACUUUACUAUCUGUCCAACUUAAAUUUGCAUCUUGAUGAACUUUAGCCCUUUUUUUUUUGGUGGAAUUUUUUUGUCAUUGAUUGAGGCAAGAAACAGCCUUGUAAGCACUCAGUCAAGAAUAUUUGCUGACUUAAAUUUGGCAGCAUGUAUUAUUUGACUCAGGAUGGUGGUUGUGUCUUAAUGAUAUUCAUCAACUACACUGAAUAUGAAUAGAAGUAGUAAUAAAUCUUUUAGUGGUACAAAACUAUAAAUGACGUUUUAUAUUGAAUAGAGUGUUUGCUUUAUUUUGCAUCUUGUAACCUCCUGGGGUGAUAUCAAUAGUUAUCAGAGUGUAUAAUAUCUUGUUUUAAGAUAAGCUAUUUCUUGGAUUUGAUUUUUUGUUGGUUCUGCCAAUUUUUAUAAUUUUGAUAAUACACAGGGUAGAUGUCUUCUCCAGCCUGAUAUUUGAAGUCAUUGUUUGAAGGCUAAGUUAUUUGCUCCUAUUUUUCCAUCCUCGUCCACCUGCUUAACAUAGGUGCAUUUUGCACCUAGGGAGCAACCUACCAAUGAAAGUGUUAAUCAGGUUACACCAACUAACUCUGCUUACACCAAGGGUCUCAAAGACACCAUCUCACUGCUAAGUAGUUCCAAGGACUGCCUUAAUCCUUCAACUCCCAAGCACUGAUUUUUUACUCUCCCCUCUAGCUGCCACAUUUCCUUGUAAUUUUGUAGUGAGAAUUUGAUGUUAGAUGAAGACAACAGUUUAAAGUAUUCUUAUUACCUGUUUUCUGGAUAGUGUAAAGCUACUAUGGGGGAAGUUACAUGUUAAUCACCUGUGGGAGUUGAAAUUAUGAAUCAUUCAUUCUUGGGCUUGUGGAGAUCUGGGACUCUGAAUUCUGAGAUCAGAUUGAGAAAUCAUAUGUUUUGCUUUUCUUGAUUUGAAGCCUGCUGUAAAUGUUUGUGGGCCACUAAGUAAGCAGAUCCACAUUUUGUUCUUUGCUAUGUUAAAGGUUAAACAUGUAAGGGGAAGUAGUAACCAAACAAAGCCUUGUGAAAAAGUUGAAUGGAAAUCUGAUAAGCUUUUGCCAGGGCAGUCUUAAUGGAGUGAAAGGAGAAGACUAGAAUUACUUAGAAGUCAGUUGCCUGUAAAAAAAGGUGUUUAACUGAAUGUAAAAUGUUUGGGGCAAAUGACCUUGAAGUACUGAUUAGCCAAGUAUGUGCAGUGCAAUAGUCCUUUAACUAACUUUGGUAAAGUGCAAUUGGUGUUAAAGACUAAACUAAUUGUGUGCAAUGCAAUAGUCUGUUAAUUUACUUUAGUAAAAUGCAAUUAGUGUUAAACACUAAGCAUUUUCGAAGAGCAGUAAGAAGUAUUCAAGUGGAAAAGUAAAGUCAAGUUUGAGGUAGCACUUAGCAGUUUGAGAAUCUGACAAGGAAAGUUGGUAUGUGAAUUCAUCUUUUGGUGAAGUGUGUUGUAAUUGAUAGAAUUUGGGGUUAGGCACCUCACACAACUUAAAACCUUUUAGUUCAGGGUUAGAAUUCUUUAUUUUCAGCCUAUCUCUUGGUGGUGAUGACUAUACAAAAAAAUGUUGAAUUUCAAAUUGCACUGGGUUCUCCCUCAAAGGUGUGCUCACUAGAGUGUAGUUGAAUUAUCAGUUAAGUUGUUCCGCAUUCCCUAAGGAAGGAAAGGUCAGUCACCUUAAGGUUUACUUUCAGACAGUUCUGACAGGAGUGAAUUUUAAAUGAUUUUGCUUUAGGAUCUUGGACUUGAGACAGGAAAUUGGAUAUUCUAAUCAACACCCACAGGGCUGGAUUUUGGAUUUUAUCCAAUUUAGUUUGUUUCAGGGUUGUAUUGUUUUCAAGGCUCUUUAAUAUCAAUCUCAAUAUCUAGCACAGCCAAUAUCUUUAGUCUUGGUGAAAAAAUCUAGGAAAAUUUCUUUCAAGGCUGGACAUGAAAAAACAUUUAUGACCGUCUAUAAUUUGAACUGUCAUUUUCUGUGGAGAAGGGAAGAGUGAGUAAAUAAGCCACUAAAAGAAGAGAGAGUUACAGAGAAAGAACAGGAUGGGAAAGAAUACUGUGCAUUGGUAAGAAUUCUCUACACAACAAAUCUCACUACUGGUUAUGACUUUUUCAGAUUUGGGUGGCCCUAAAGAGGGCCGGUGUGUCGUCGUCUUGUCAGGAUUUGUUGUGUAGUCGUUUCCUUUCUUCAGUCUUGCUGGCUUCAUUCUUUGAUUUUUAGUUGUCCAGGCAGUCCUCUAUUCUUGUCUAUAGUUUAACAUCUAUGGAAGGAGAUGAAUCCAUGUUCUGGUACCUCAUACUUCCUCUAUAUGGAAAUGCACCGCGCUGAUCAAUCCUUUCUUCCAUUGAAAUAGUCUGUUGUUGAGCGAUUCUUGUAAGUCUUAUCCUAUCCUAUUUAUGUUUCGUCAAAUGUUCAGUGUACAAUAUACGAUUUUCUACCUUACUACUUAACGUUAACACUACUUUUUGCACCAUUCUGAGGUUGAAACAUUUUAAAACUUGACAGAAAAUUCUACUUUCUACCUGUGUCGAAAGUUAAGAAAAAAAUACACUAAAAUCGAACCGAUCAAACACGUACAAA